GGGCGGCGGGGAGGCGACGGCGGGCCGCGGAAGUGCGAGCGGGAGGGCUGCCGUCCGUGGUUGCGCUCUAGCCGGCACUGCCGAGGUUCGCCCGGGGAUGUCUGAGCGCGCGCCUCGCGGUCCCCGAGCUCCACGCGGCGCCCGGAGUCCCGGCCUCUGAGGGCCGCCACGUCCCUGCGGCGCGCGCGGCCGGAGGGCGGUUUCGGGCCGGCGGGGGCCCCGGAGGGUUCCGGGGCGGCCCAGGCCCUGCGCCUCCCGGAUCAGCGCGGCCGGCGCCGGCCAGGAGGAUGCGCGCAGCCGGGCUCUGAAGCAUGGAGGGCGUUCUGUACAAGUGGACCAACUAUCUCACAGGUUGGCAGCCUCGCUGGUUUGUUUUAGAUAAUGGAAUCCUAUCCUACUAUGAUUCACAGGAUGAUGUUUGCAAAGGGAGCAAAGGAAGUAUAAAGAUGGCAGUUUGUGAAAUUAAAGUCCAUUCAGCAGACAACACAAGAAUGGAGUUAAUCAUUCCAGGAGAACAGCAUUUUUACAUGAAGGCAGUAAAUGCAGCUGAAAGACAAAGGUGGCUGGUUGCUCUGGGAAGCUCCAAAGCAUGUUUGACUGAUACGAGGACAAAAAAAGAAAAAGAAAUAAGUGAAACCAGUGAAUCUCUGAAAACCAAAAUGUCUGAACUUCGCCUCUACUGUGACCUCCUGAUGCAACAGGUGCAUACAAUCCAGGAGUUUGUCCACCAUGAUGAGAAUCAUUCACCUCCCAGCAUAGAGAACAUGAAUGAAGCCUCCUCCUUGCUUAGUGCCACGUGUAAUACAUUCAUCACAACCCUUGAGGAAUGUGUGAAGAUAGCGAAUGCCAAGUUUAAACCUGAGAUGUUUCAACUGCCCCAUCCGGAUCCCUUGGUUUCUCCUGUGUCGCCUUCUCCUGUUCAAAUGAUGAAACGUUCUGUGAGCCAUCCUGGUUCUUGCAGUUCAGACAGGAGUAGCUAUUGUAUAAAAGAGCCAGUGUCUACACUUCACCGACUCUCCCGACGUCGAAGAACCUAUUCAGAUACAGACUCUUGUAAUGACAUUCCCCUUGAAGACUCAGAUAGACCUGUUCACUGUUCAAGAAAUACACUCAAUGGAGACUUGUCAUCAGCAACCAUUCCUGAAGAAAGCAGACUUAUGGCCAAAAAAAAUUCUGAAUUGGAAGAUCCUCUUCUAUCCUUCUCUUCUUGAGGAAAAUGAAGUGUUCAACUUCCUCUAAGUAUUGCUAUGCAAAAGCUGCUGUAAUUAAACUUGUUACUGGGAGUAGUUUUUCCCUAUACUUAGGAUUUCUCUGCACUUUAUAGAAUAUUGUAAAAUACACAAAAGAAAAAUGACCCACAUACUUUUGAAGUGUAUUUUAUCUUUAUAUAGUUUAUUUGCAAGAGUAUUUUCCUAAUAACUUCACAAGUAUGAAUGUGCAUCUUUUUUUUUUUUUAAAACAAAUGAUGGUGUAACAUUUUGACAUCCAUAAGGACAAAUGUAGAUAUUUUUCUAAAAAAACUGUGAGGGACUGGCAGUUUGGCCAGUAUGCAUUGUAGUUUAUAAACAUGAAAUUUCACAAGGUUUCAGUUUGAUGAAAGUGUGAUACAUGAAACUGUGCCAUAGACCAAAAGGUCACACUCAUCCCAGCUUAACAUCCAUAACAGCUCAAUGCUGAUUGUAUUGUAUUCCUUGAAGCAAAAAAAGGAAGCAUUUAAUAUUCUAGAUAUCUUCAGCCUAAAUUCUGUGACAUAUUGAACAUUAAAAAAAAAUUAUACUGUGCUGUCCUUCAGUUGUGAAGUUGACACUACUGAUUUCUCAAUACCAAAUGUUGGGUUAAAAUAUUUAAUUUUUAUUUAUUUAUUGUUGCAUCAAAAGAUGAUUGCAUUCUAACUUUUGUGACCUACCAAAUUUAAGAAAUGUGUAAGUUCUUAUUUACAUUCUACAAAAAAGGCUAAAGCUGUGGUGACCUAGCUCACUAAGACCAGAGAAAUAAAUGACUUUCUGUGGAAGAAGAUUUUUAGUGCUUUUUUUUUUCUUAAAAUAGACAUUAAGCUGCUGUUGUAAGGUGUUGUUUGCAGCUUUUUAGACUAUAUAGAGAAUUUUUUUAUUUAUGAAUAUUUAUACAAAAAAGAAAUUCUGUCUUGAUUAUGGUUCUGUAUCAUUUGAGAAUGGCAUUAUUUAAUUUAAAGAACAAAUUGCAUUUUUUGGUAGUGUCUUCCCACAUAUAUGUUGUCAAGUGUAAUCUACUUUUUGUUUGCUUUUUAAAUUCACUUUGGGGUGAUAGUUUUGUCCAAAGUUUUGGAUGAGCAGCACUUUAAAACAAAUUCGCUUGGUGUUUUUAAGUUAAUCAUAUGCUUAAUAAAUAUGUGUUUUUUGCAUUCAAACCUAGCAUACAAAACAUUGUAUUUUUUACAUUUAUUGAUGUUAUGUGUAGUAUCCAGUGUUCUGUAUCGAUUCCAUUUUGUUUCUACACUCAGGCCUGCUGCUGAAAUCUCAUGAAAGCACACACUUAGCUUUUAUUACCUAUGAAAUGGAGUGGCUAUCAAGUAAAUACUUGGAAUUUACUAAAUAAAAACUUAUAGUCUUUCUUCCUUAAGUUUAAAAUGAAUAUAGAUAAUCUAUACACAUUAAUUUGUACUUAGAUAAACUUUCUCAAAGUGUGAUUUUAAAUGAUGCAGAGGUUAUAAGGAUAUUCCACAUUAAAUGGCAUCUUUCCUGUUCAUAUGUUGGAUUUCAUGUUUAAUUUGACCAAAUUGGUUUUCCGCUAGCUCAUGGAUAAUUGUGUUUUUGGUUAGUUUUUGCUUGUUUUUCUAUUAGCAACUUGCAUAGGGUAAAACCAUGAAGAUCAAGGUGCUACUGAUAAAAAGUUUUUUAGGUAGUUAGGUUUAUUUCUUUCUUUUCUUAUAUGAUAUAAUAUUUUUGAGACAAUAGAUUUAUAAUGAAGUAGUAUAAUUAGUGUUUGAACUUGGAAAACAAUUAGAUAUAUCUACUGCUUUACUGAAGUAUAAGAGUUGGUGAAUUGCUUUCCCUAAACAUUUAAAAAAUAAGAUGCAAUCAUUUUGAGUUUGUCUUAUUUUUCUCUUUUGAAACAGGUGCUUUUGUAGGUGUCCUGGUAUCCCUAAGAAUGACUUUGUGAUUUGGCAUCCCCUUUUCCUUUAGGAACCAAAUACAUCUGUGAAAUUUCUUUUUUGAGGGAGUAUAUCUAGACUUAUAUGUCAGUUUUGAAUUUUUUGGUGUAUGAGAACAGGUUCAUGCUCUAUUGCCUAGGCUAGAAGUGUGGUACAUGUUAUUGACUGAAGUGUGAACUGUUGAUUACAAUCAAUCCACUUACCUCAUCCUCCCAAGUCACUGGGACUAGAGACACACACCAUGACACCUACCUUACAUGUAAGCUUCAACGAAUGAAUUAAUAGCAUGAAACGACCUGGUACAACUUAAAGGAAGCUGUAUUUU